GGUUGUAAUCAGAUCAAUUUCCCCGAUUGAACUACAUUGGGGAAAUAGAAAAUACUCGAGAUAUAGCGUGAAAUUUGAGGAUUAGUGGCUCCAUGAUCACUCUGCAUCUCAAUUCCGCAUUUCAGGUUUGUAAGAUGAUUGCAAAAAUACGAGGCUAGCUACAAUAUCGAAUCUACCUUGACAAAAAAAAAACAUUGCAAAGGUAUAAAUACAACAGCAUAUUGAUUUUACUAGUGCAGAGAUUGUGCUUAUAAAUUUAUUCUACAAUUUUAAGUCAAUUUAAAUUAUGCAUAUUAACUCAAUAUUGAAAUUUAUUCUUUCAGCGUUUGCUGUUGCGCCAGUAAUUGGCCAACACAUUACAACAGAUGUCUACAACGAGGGCAAAGUCGAUAUAGGUGGUGAUGUUGCAAUUGAUCCGGGUGCAAGCUGGUAUAUAUAUGGGAGCAGUAGAGAGUUUUUUGGUGGGAACAUUGCCAAUUCUGGUUCCUUUUACAUAAAUCUUGACUACACUUGCAGUGCAUUAGAUUUAGCCGCCAAUUCUAACUCUGUAAUUGUCAAUAGCGGUUUAAUCGCUUUCAGAGCACGAGGAUCCUCUGCAAGCUACAACUUGAAUAUUCAAAGAUUCGAAAAUAGUGGUCAAAUAUACUUCAUUACCGAGAAUCUGCCGGUUGUGAUAUACUCAAUCGAUGCUCCUAUCUGGAAAAACACCAAGGAUGGAUCAAUAAACUUGUACAGUACGAAAAGAAUUUCUCAGACGGCUAAUUUGGGAAACAUUGGAAAGGCAAUAAUUAAUGAUGGACAAAUUUGUUUGAGAAACCACGCUUGGUUAGCUAUUGGUGAUGUCCAAGGCGAGGGGUGCAUUGAUAUAGGUAUUAACUCUGUCUUUUGGUAUCAAAGAGGUGGCCAUCAGUUUAACUCUAACCAAACUAUAUACCUUUCGACGAAAAGCUCAACUCUCUAUGUUGGAUCAAAAGGACAAGAUAAACCAUAUCUAGUUGCUGGAUUUGGUGGGGGUAACGCAAUUGCACUUUCCAAAAUGAUCAAGUCAUUUGAUUAUGAUACCACUAGUGGAAUUUUGACAACUGUAACAGGUUCUUACACUAUGCAAUUUAAUAUUGGAAUGGGUUAUGAUCGUAGUCAAAUAAGCCUAGUGCCUCUGCGCGAUCUAGGUACUGCAAUAGGCGAUUCUACUCUCUACUCUGCUAUAACAUACACAGGUGCAGUGCCAGAUAGAAGUACCAGUACUAAACAUUGCGUUCCUUGUAAGGAUCUGCCAAAGUUCCCUUCUCGACCAACCUGAUUACGAUCAAGAUAUGUCAUUCAUCGG